AUGGAAGGCAUGGAUGAGAUUGCACCAGGCCUUGGCUUACAGGAGUUCUGUAGCCAACAGGGAGACAGUACUAUAUAUUACCACCUUUUAAACCUAUCAGGCAGCGUGUAUGUCUGGGUAGGCACUGAGCAGGGCAACUUGGAGGGCAUGGUGGCAGCUCUAGGGUCCCGCCUGGGUCCUUCAGCUGUUACCACUCUCCUUGGCUCUUCCGAUGCCCAGAGUCUCCAAGCUUCCCAUCUUGCAGAGAGGUUACAAAGGCGCACACAAAGGCACAUCCUACUGAGUCUCAACCUGCCCAGUGACGAAUUAAUACCUCAUGUGGAGCAGCGCCUGCUGGAGGAGCUCUGUGUCGUAUAA